AACAUAGAAAGCAAAAGAGAUACAUGUCAUGUGUCUAAGUCGCCGUCAGGCGACCCUUCCUAUACCAACGCGCUCACGCGCCCUUUUUUGCCCUUUUCUCUUAAUACACAAACGAGAUGAGUUCCCAACGUUCGAAUCGAAACGUCAAAAAGCACAAGAUGAGAAGCCCCUAGUAACAAUUUCGUUUUGUUACGACGGCUGCUCUCGUUCCACGCACCACCUCUUCCCUUUUUAAAAGAAAGAUCUGAAAAAGAAGAUCCGAUGGUGGAUAUUAGCUGAGGUUUCGAAGCGACUGAGUUGUUAUAGUUUUGGUAAUUUUAAUGAAAGAGGAACAUCAGCUUAUGCUAAGAAGAAGAUGGGUGGAGUCACGUCGUCUAUCGCCUCGAAAUUCGCUUUUUUCCCGCCAAAUCCCCCCUCCUACACAGUAGUAGAGGACGACGCGUGUGACGGUCGGCUGUAUAUACCCGAGGUGCCGAGGAGGGAUGACGUCGACGUCUUGAAGCUACGCACCCGCCGUGGUAACGAUAUCGUGGCUGUCCAUAUAAAGCACCCCAAGGCUUCCGCUACUCUCUUGUAUUCUCAUGGAAAUGCCGCUGAUUUGGGACAAAUGUUUGAGCUUUUCGUCGAGUUGUGUAAUCGCCUUCGAGUUAAUAUUAUGGGGUAUGAUUACUCUGGCUAUGGACAAUCAACUGGAAAGCCAACUGAGUGUAAUACAUAUGCAGACAUAGAUGCAGCAUAUACAUGCCUUAAGGAACGGUAUGGAGUUAAAGAUGAAGAUUUGAUAUUAUAUGGUCAGUCAGUUGGUAGUGGACCUACUGUUGAUCUUGCUUCACGUUUGCCAAACUUGAGAGGUGUGGUUCUACAUAGCCCAAUUUUGUCUGGCAUGAGAGUAUUGUACCCUGUCAAAAGGACCUACUGGUUUGACAUUUAUAAGAAUAUUGACAAAAUUGGAGCAGUAAACUGCCAAGUCUUGGUAAUUCAUGGGACAGCGGAUGAAGUUGUUCAUCAUUCUCAUGGAAAACAGCUUUGGGAGCUUUGCAAGAAUAAGUAUGACCCGUUGUGGGUUAAUGGAGGAGGACAUUGCAAUCUUGAGAUCUACCCAGAAUUCAUUAGACAUCUGAAGAAGUUUGUACUGUCCUUAAACAAAUCAAAAGCAGCUGCUGCUAAUGGUUCUGAAAAAGUAGUGGUCAACUCUGACAAACGGAGCAACAAACCAUCGGAGGGUGGAACUUUGGAUACAUUCGAAUUGGGUGCUGACCUUCCAGAUGUUUCAAGAAACAGUUUAGAUAGCCGACUUGAGAAGUCAAAGAAGUCAAAUAAGCCUGAGAAGUCUCGAAUGAGCACGGACCGUGUUGACAGAUUUAGGAGAAAAAAGGGCUUAGUUUGGUGAGGAGUUCAAAAGCAAAGGACAAGUGAAAUAAAAAAGGAUAUGCAUAUCUAUCCCUUAUAUUCUCGAAUCCACUUGAGGAGGUAAUUUACAUGCUUUCCACUUCUGCAUUUGUAAUGUUGCAUAAGUUAUCGGAUUUUGGUCAUAAAUGUCAUAAUUUUUGUGUAUGUAUCAAGGAAACGAGUUUGGAUUAAGUGAAAAAUCUUAGAUUAUUAAAUUCUUGUGUAAAAAACAGCAGUUUCAGCCUCAAUGCUAAAUGUAAAAGUAUUUACGCAGUUUCUGCCAUUGAUAUUGAAAACUCAGAAGUUUUUCAAUGCA